GAAAAAAAAAGAAAAAGGAAGGUAAAGAAAAAGUUUCAAAAAAUAUCUUCCAAAUUCUAACAACCACCAACUCUAUAUCAUGAGCUCCUUCAGCUACUCAAAACUCAACAAAACGGUAACAGUUAGAUCGAGAAGAUGAAUGUGGUUGGGAGACAGAUGUCGCGAUCUAAUUCGUCGUCGCACCACCAGCGUCAGUACUCCGAUCACUUAAUCGACGCUUCCUCUAAGUGGCUCCAAUCCUCGACAAGUCUUUCUCAGGAUUUCGGGUUCUAUGGAGGUGGAGUUCAGGGGUCGAGAAUGAGCAGGAACAUUGCGGACCCUCCGACGCCUCUGGGUUCGAGGUCCAUGAGCUUGAGAAGGAAUGGUGACGAUCAAGUCUCACCCACCAGUGAGUUCAGCCCCGGCUUGCUCGAUCUACAUAGCUUCGAUACCGAGCUAUUGCCUGAGAUGCCAGUCCCAAGCCUAUAUGGUGGAUCGCAACUUCAUCAACCUCUUCACAACAGAAGUUUUGAUGACUCUGAGCCGUUUCUUUCCACCAACAAGCUUAUAAACAGAUCCCGAGGGUUGCCAGACAAUAAUCUUCUCAAAAGUUUCUCAGCAGAUAAAGAAAGAGCCAAUAAUGUUGCUAAGAUCAAAGUUGUGGUGCGCAAGAGACCACUAAAUAAGAAGGAAAUAGCAAAGAAAGAGGAAGAUAUUAUUACCAUAGAACCAACUUCCAAUGCUCUCACAGUUCAUGAAACAAAACUCAAAGUUGACUUAACAGAAUAUGUUGAGAAACAUGAAUUUGUUUUUGAUGCUGUGCUGAAUGAAGAUGUUUCAAAUGAUAAAGUAUACUCAGAGACUGUGGAGCCAAUAGUUCCACUAAUUUUCCAUCGAACUAAAGCAACCUGCUUUGCAUAUGGGCAAACAGGGAGUGGAAAGACUUACACAAUGCAACCAUUACCCCUCAAAGCGACCCAAGAUAUUUUAAGCUUAAUGCAUCACACCUACUGGAACCAAGGUUUUCAAUUAUUUGUCAGUUUCUUUGAAAUAUAUGGAGGGAAACUUUUUGACCUGCUCAAUGAUCGUAAAAAGCUUUGCAUGAGGGAGGAUGGGAAACAGCAGGUCUGCAUUGUAGGUUUGCAAGAAUACAGGGUAUCAAAUGUUGAGACGAUCAAGGAGUUCAUUGAGAAAGGAAAUGCUACAAGAAGUACUGGUACUACUGGUGCAAAUGAGGAAUCUUCAAGAUCACAUGCUAUACUUCAGCUUUGUAUCAAGAGGUCAGCCAAUGGGACUGAGUCAAAGCCUUCUCGACUUGUAGGCAAGCUAUCUUUUAUAGAUCUUGCUGGAAGUGAACGUGGUGCAGAUACUACUGACAAUGAUAAACAGACAAGAAUGGAAGGUGCUGAAAUCAAUAAAAGCUUACUUGCUUUGAAAGAAUGCAUUAGAGCUCUUGACAAUGACCAGGGUCACAUUCCUUUCAGAGGGAGUAAGUUGACAGAAGUUCUUAGAGAUUCGUUUGUUGGUGACUCACGCACUGUUAUGAUAUCAUGCAUUUCACCAAGCUCAGGAUCAUGUGAACACACUCUCAACACACUAAGAUAUGCUGACAGAGUGAAGAGUUUGUCGAAAGGGAACAUUUCAAAAAGGGAUCCCUUGUCUUCAUCUUCAAACCUGAGAGACUCAACUGCAUUGCCCUUGUCAGCUUUACCAGAUGAAUCAACCUUUGAGGAUAAUAUAACUUAUGUUUCCAAUGACAAGAACAAGUUUGGCUGGUCCAAACAUAUUGAAAAAGAACCCUCCCCACCAUUUAAUGUGGAUCAUGUUCCAAGUGGGAGGAUAGAGGGAAGUUUGCCUGCAGCUGUAUAUUUAGAUUAUCACAAAGUUCAUAGAGGUGGUCAAAAUGACAUGGAUGAAGAUGAUUUUGAUUACUCUGAGCAUAACUAUGAUCAAGAGAAACCAUCAAGGAUGAAUAAUAAAAAGGUAGAGACCUACCAAAAAUCAACUUUGGAGGAUAAGAGGAAGAUUGACUUUCAGAUUAAAAGGAGGGAUAUGUCUGACAUUGCUGCUAACAACUCUCAUUCUGAUGAUGAUCUUAAUGCCCUACUUAAGGAGGAGGAAAAUCUUGUAACUGCUCACCGGAGACAAGUGGAAGAGACAAUAGACAUUGUCAGAGAGGAGAUGAAUCUGCUGGUUGAAGCUGAUCAGCCAGGCAAUCAAUUGGAUGAAUAUAUCUCCAAAUUGAAUGCCAUCCUUUCACAGAAGGCUGCAGGAAUUUUUCAAUUGCAGACCCAGUUGGCUCAAUUUCAGAGGCGUCUUAAAGAGUAUAAUGUUUUGGCAUCUUCUGGUAAUUGAAUUUAUCCAGGGGACUGUGCUGAUGAAAACCAUUGUUUAAUAUGGUGUGGAUUUUGUUGGGCAGUUGUUUGUGUUGCUCAGUUUCUUCCUUGUUGGAGGUUUGGUUUUUGCCAUAUGGAGCCUAGUUCCUUCUCUCUUUGGUAUCACUGUCUCAACUCAGCUGUGAGCUAUGAGUUAGAGGAGCUCUGAUACAUAUGCACAUCUGCUCAUUUGCAGAUUUUGUAAUGCCUGCAGUAGUAUAAUUUUAUUAGUGGAAAUUAGAAACGUCCUGCUUGGGUUGUUAAGUUUGUUAAUAUAGAGCUGUAAAUCUCUAGUGAUGUUUUCUUUACUGAGCGGCUUUCCUCUAAUGGACGUGGGGAGUGAUGCAAUCAAUUUGCUCGUUGUAGCAGCACAUUUUUGCCCCCUAUAUCUUUGUUGUUAUGUUGUUAUUUUAUUUGCUUCUCAAUUGGAUUGUUAAUUAAUUU